CAAUGAGUGAAGUAAUAGAUUUUCACGAGGCCAACUUUGUGUCUCUUCCAGACCAGAGCAAUGUGUAUGUUUUUGUUCAUCUCAAUGUUGGGGGACUCAAUAAGCUGGUAGUGCCACCGUGCGGGCCCAGAUACUCUGUCUCGAGUACCAGAGAGACACUGUUCGACCGCUCCUCUCUCCCAUCAACUUCACAUACAUCCCUGCGGAUGCUGAGGUCAUAUCGAUCGAUGCGUGUCAGGAAC